AUGAUGGCAGCGGAGCCCUUGCCGUCGGUUCCCUCCACCGCCGCUGACGACCUCGAAACCCUCGCCCUCGACUCAUCCUCGUCGUCUGCCGCCGCUACCGCCUCCGCCUCCACCGACCCCCUCCUCCGGCCACCUACCUCCCCUACCACCGCCGCGAGCGACGACCCCUUCGUCAUCGACGACUUCCUCGACGAGGACGACUUCUCCACCGCCCCGUCGCCCAGCGUCGCCCGCCCGCCGCGCGCAGCGCGCGGCGAUGCGUCGUCCCCGGUGUUCGCCAAAAUCACCGUAUCCGAUCCCAAGAAGCACGCGGAGCCCAGCGGCGCGGGUGCCGCCGGUGUGAUCCCGGGGUCCGGCAGCUACUUCUCUUACCUCAUCACCACCCGUCUUGCUGGCGGCGGCGGGGAGGUCCGCGUGCGGCGGCGCUUCCGCGACGUGGUGGCCCUAGCGGACCGCCUUGCCGCAGCCCACCGCGGCCUCUUCGUCCCGGCCCGGCCUGACAAGAGCGUUCUCGAGGGGCAGGUCAUACAGCGCCACGACUUCGUGAGCCAGCGCUGCGCUGCGCUCCAGCGCUACCUCUGCCGCCUUGCGGCGCACCCCAUCGUCGGCCAGAGCCCUGAUCUCCGCACGUUCCUCACGGAGCCUGGUGCCAUCCCCGCCUUUCAGGGUGAGGCCCCACGGUACUGGACUACCACUGUGAAUGCUGCUGCUCCACUGGUGCCGACGAAAGCUGGGAGGGACUUGUUUGGGAUGUUUAAGGGUCUCAAGCAGACGGUGGUGAAUGGACUGGUUGCAACAAAGCCUCCACCUGUGGAAAAGGAGACAGACACGGAGUUCCUGGCGCACAAGGCUAGGUUUGAGGACUUACAGCAGCACCUCACCACAACAUCGCAGCAGGCGGAAGCGCUUGUUAAAGCCCAAGAUGAUCUUAGAGAAACCACAGGUCACUUGGGAAUGACAUUGAUUAAGCUGGCAAAAUUUGAAAGAGAGCAGGCAACAUGUAAUUCCCUAAGAAGACGGUCUGGUGAAAUCCAUAAUUUUGCAAAUUCUGUUUUGAAGAUGAGCAGGUCACAGAUAAAAUUAAACUCUGAAAUUGUGAAACACCUGGGUAGUAUCCAUGAACACUUGGAGAUGAUGAUAUCAGUUCAUCAUGCAUUUACAGAUCGCUCUAAUGCUUUACAUUACGUACAAAGUCUGUCAGCAGAUUUGUUUUCCUUGCACACCAGGGCAGGGAGACUUGAAUCUUCAUCAGCAAGAGAUAUGGGGCAUGAGUGGUCAACAUAUCAGAAAGUAGAGGGGUUGAAAGAAACAAUAAGAUCAGUGGAAGCAGCCAAAAGUGAUGCAGUUAGAGAAUAUGAAAGCAUUAAGGUAAGUUGCCUGAAAAAAUUAAUGCUGUCCCACGCGCCGUCUCAAAGUCCCGCCGCCGCCUUCAAACUGUGCCCCUCCUCUGCCGGCUCCCUCCUCGGCGCCAAACACCCCACGGCCACCGCCGCCUCAACCCGCCGCAGCGUGUCCGCCUCCCGCCGCGGCUUCCUCCUCUUCGUUCCCUCGCUCGCCGCUGCAUCCGUCGUCCUCCGCCCGCUCCCCUCCGCCGCCACCGAGGCCGAUGACGCCGAAACCCUGGCUCCACAUCCAUCGCCCACCGAAGAGCCCCUCUCCCCGCAGCCCGCCGUGGAGGCGGCGGUGGAGGCGGAGGCAGAGACGAAGCCUGAGCCCAGCGAUCGGCCAUGUCGAGGGUGUACGACGCGACGGUCCUCAGGGAGCCGGAGGCGUUGGCAGGGGACACGCGGGGCGGGUGUGGGAGAAGCUAGCGGCCGCGAGGGUGGUGUACCUCGGCGAGGCCGAGCUCUAGCCCGACCCCAACGACCGCGUGGUCGAGCUCGAGAACGUCAGGGGCUUCGCGGGCCGCUACGCCGACGCUGGGAGGGGCCUGGCGCUCGCGCUCGAGGCGUUCCCCUGCUACGUACAGCAGUAGCUCGACCAGUUCAUGGACGGCAGGUGAAAAGAACUGUCCAAGCAGAUGGGAUUAGAGCUCUCAAAAAUGCAGAAAAAGAAGCAUAUGCCCCUCCAGCAGGCUCAGGAUUCCUCUCUGGUUUCAUGUUUGGCUCAGGACGGUCAUUGAUAGACAAGAUCUCAUCAAUGGAUGACUCUCUGUUUGGCCCUACCUCAUAUCUAUCAGAACAGGCAAGAGUAGUUGAUGAUUAUAGCAUUUCCCAGGUUAUUACGAGAGAACUUAGUGAUGGAGAUGUUUCACGGUUGCUAAUUGUUGUGACGGGUGCAAGCCAUGUUAUGUACGGGCCACGAGGAAGUGGUGUUCCUGGGAGAAUAUCUAAAAAGGUGCCAAAGAAAGACCAAGUUGUGGUACUACUUGAUCCUGAAAGACAGGUUAUAAGGACGGAAGGUGAAGUCCCUAUUGCUGAUUUUUUAUGGUAUUCAGCGGCUAAACCUUGCACUAUAAAUUGUUUUGACCGUGCUGAAAUUGCUCGAGUGAUGAAUGCUGCUGGUAGGAGGCCUGAAGCUUUACUUCAGGAUCUUCAGAAAGGACUAGAUCUUGGUGUAAUUUCUCCUGAAAUAUUGCAGAACUUUUUUGACCUCGAGAAAUACCCUGUUAUGACAGAACUCAUUCAUCGAUUUCAAGGUUUCAGAGAAAGAUUGUUGGUAGACCCUAAAUUCCUUCAAAGAUUAGCCAUUGAAGAGGCCAUAUCAAUAUCAACCACUCUACUAGCACAAUAUGAAAGGCGGAAAGGAAGGUUCUUUAACGAAAUUGACUUUGUCCUCACAGAUACUAUUAGAGGAUCUGUUGUUGAUUUCUUUACAGUGUGGCUUCCUGCUCCUACUAUUUCAGUCCUUCAGUAUGCUGAUGAUGGUUCUUGUCAGAGUUUGGAGUUUGUCAAAGGCCUUUUAGGAUCAUUGCUAGAUAAUGCAUUCCAAAAGAACAUCUUGGGCCAGGAUUGGAGUAUCAAGCAAAGAAUUGCAGCAGUGUUGGUUGGUGGUUUGAAACUUGCCAGUGUUGGUUUCAUUUCUAGUGUUGGGGUCGGGGUUUCCUCAGAUCUCGUCUAUGCUGCCCGAGGAAUAGUGAAACCUUCAGAAAAUGUGGAAACAGGAAGGAAGAGAGCUCCUAUAUGGAAGUCAGCAGCUGUUUAUAGUUGCUUUCUUGGAACAUCAGCAAAUUUGCGGUAUCAGAUUAUUGCUGGUCUAGUGGAGUAUCGACUAGGAGAGAGCCUGGUUACAUACUACAACCAACCACUUAUUGCUGGUUUGUUGUCAUUUGUAGCUAGGACACUGAACUCAUAUUGGGGAACACAGGCUGGAUAUAGGCAUGUGGAUACAGCUGCUCAAUACGGAAUAGAAAAAGAGGUCGGUAGAGGACUUAAAGCUGCAAUGGAGAGUGGGAUCAACAGGAAAGAUUUGUUUGUAACAUCGAAGUUAUGGUGCACAGAGUUGGCUCCUGAUAAGGUUCGGCCAGCACUUCAGAAAACACUCAAGGAUUUACAGCUGGAUUACCUGGAUCUCUACCUUAUCCAUUGGCCCUUCAGACUAAAAGAUGGGGCGCACAUGCUCCCGGAAGCUGGGGAAGUGCUGGAAUUCGACAUGGAAGGAGCGUGGAGGGAGAUGGAAUGCCUUGUGAAAGAUGGGCUAGUUAAGGAUAUAGGUGUUUGCAAUUACACAGUUACCAAGCUCAACCGUCUGUUGCGGUCAGCAAAUGUUCCACCAGCAGUAUGCCAGAUGGAAAUGCACCCUGGUUGGAAGAACGACAAGAUUUUUGAGGCCUGCAAGAAGCAUGGGAUUCAUGUUACUGCUUACUCUCCACUGGGUUCUUCAGAGAUGAACCUAGCACAUGACCCCGUUGUCGAAAAGGUAGCCAACAAACUAAACAAGACCCCAGGGCAGGUGCUCAUCAAGUGGGCCCUCCAAAGGGGAACAAGCGUUAUUCCCAAAUCGACCAAGGACGAAAGAAUCAAAGAGAACAUCCAGGUGUUUGGAUGGGAGAUCCCUGAGGAGGACUUUAAGGUCUUGUGCAGCAUCAAAGAUGAGAAGCGCGUGCUGACCGGAGAGGAGCUCUUCGUGAACAAGAUCCAUGGGCCGUACAAGAGCGCAUCUGAGGUCUGGGACUACGAGGACUGA